AUCACGUGAGGAACAAAAAGUCAGCAGAUCGAUCAAAAUAAGUUUCGUCUCCAUCGGAAAAACCGAAAAUUAAACAAUUUUCCUGUAAUUUUUCAUCAUCUGACUUUUCCGACAAACUCACAGCACAAUGCGCUACACAUUGGGAUACACAUUCGCGGGAUCCGUCGUUUCGCUCAGCUCAAUUGCCAUCUUGUAUCAUGUCCUUACGGGAAAAGGCGAACGUGUAAGUGUCGGAUGGUUUUUGGAGGAAACAUCGCCUUAUAUGUGGGCAACUUUGGGCAUUUCUCUCGCCGUUGCAUUGUCAGUUGUUGGAGCAGCUCUCGGAAUUCACACAACGGGCGUCAGUAUUGUCGGCGGAGGCGUGAAAGCUCCUCGCAUCAAGACGAAAAAUUUGAUUUCCGUCAUUUUCUGCGAAGCUGUUGCCAUUUACGGGCUCAUUACAGCAAUUGUGUUGUCUGGCAUGUUGGAGCAAUUUGACGAAUCACUUUUUGUCGAAAAACCCCAACUCAAGGCAACGAAUUGGAUGGCAGGAUAUGUCAUGUUCGGCGCUGGAUUGUCCGUAGGAUUGGUUAAUUUGUUCUGCGGUAUUGCUGUUGGCGUUGUUGGAUCAGGAGCUGCGCUUGCUGAUGCCGCAAACGCUGCACUUUUCGUCAAAAUCUUGAUUGUCGAGAUUUUCGGAUCUGCUAUCGGAUUAUUUGGACUCAUCGUUGGCAUUUAUAUGACGAGUAAAGUCAAGAUGGGCAACGAAGGCAAGUAAGAAGAGACCAAAAGACGAGAAAAAUAGUCAAAAAAGCUUAUGUUGUAUUAUAAUUAAAUAUUGUUACUACCUAAUAUCAAAUAUCAAUCAUCAGAGAAAAAGUAUUCCAGUUAAUGUGUGCGAAGAAUUCAUUAUUUUAUUCGAAAAUGUACUAUAAUAUUCGAGUCUAAAUAUAAAAGAUAAAAAUAAAGUUGAUGUACAUAUUUA